UUGGCAACGGAAGUGGUGUUGUUCCCCAGUCAUUCUGACUCACACAGACGAGGUAGCAACUGGUUAGCAAGCAUUUAAAAGUGUUUCCAGCAUCAAAAUGUCUGGUUGUUGCGUAUACGGUUGUCAGAAUCGAUAUUCCACCGGCGGACUAAAGUUUUAUAGGAUUCCGACAGGAUCACGACCAUUUCAGAGCAACCGGUGGCGUCUGUGGCUGCAGGCGCUUCAACAUGUUGACUGGAAUGAGGACAUGAUCAAAAAUGCUCGGGUCUGCAGCGCCCACUUUAUAUCAGGUGAGGCGUCAUUGGACUCUAGUAGUCCUGAUUUUGUGCCUUCUGUGUUUAUGUACACAAAACAAAGCCAGAACCCCGAUGCAAAGAUGGACAGGUACCAUAGGAAAAGGAGGAGAGAUGACAGACCUAACACUGCAGCAAAUCAACCUGUUCCUUCUGAAACUCCAGAACAAGAAUGCAGCAUGGAUCAUUGUUCUGAGGAUAUCCCAGUUCCAAAGAGAGAGUACGAUGAUCUGAACCUGAGACACAGUCAACUUCAGGAGGACUAUGUCAACCUGCGACAGGAGUUUGACACACUACGAGCUGAAAAUGUAAAGCUGAAAGAGGAGCUGCAAAAAUCUACAUUUUCCUACACCACUGUCAAGUGCAACAUUGUACAAUUAAUUUUUCUCACAGGACUGACCUCCGUGGUCUUCGAGUGGCUGCUUACAAAAAUAACGGACAGCGUAGAAAUAAUAUGCAAAAAACUUACAGUAGAGGACCACCUAUUGGUUAUAUUGAUGAAAUUAAGGUUGGGCCUAUCUAAUACUGACUUGGCAUAUAGAUUUAAGGUAUCAAAAACCGCCAUAUCAAGUAUUUUGCGGAGCUGGGUCCCUGCUAUGGCCUUGAUCCUCAAGCCACUCAUUAAAUGGCCAAGUAAGGGGGCAAUACUUAAAAAGAUGCCAGUGCAUAAUAGAUUGCACAGAAAUUUUCAUAGCUAGACCCAGUAAUCUGACUUCCAGGGCCCAGACAUGGUCAAAUUAUAAACACAACAACACCAUUAAAUAUUUGAUCGGCAUCACUCCAGCUGGUGCAAUUUCAUUUCUGUCUCCUGGGUGGGGUGGACGGGUUUCAGACAAGCAGAUCACUAAAGAGUCAGGUUUCUUCAAACUUUUGGAGCCUAAGGAUAAGGUUUUAGCAGACAGAGGCUUUCUCAUCAGAGACAAGCUUGCGGCUUAUGGUGCAACCCUUCGUAUCCCUCAUUUCACAAAAGGAAAAAAGCAGCUUUCUACACAGGAAGUGGACACAUCUAGACAACUUUCUCGUGUGAGGAUCCAUGUGGAACGAGUUAUUGGUCGGUGGAAAAACUUUAAGAUUCUGCAAACAGUUAUUCCAGUAUCGCAGGUUAACUUACUAGAUGAUGUUGUGACUGUAUGUGGUGCCCUCUGUAAGAGUGUUGUUCCCAAAUGAGUUGCACAUAAGCAUGUAUGAGUUAGAAAGUGAUUUCCAUUUGUUAAACAUGUAUUUACUGUACUUAAAACUUAAUUAAUUAUAAUAAACCUCCCAACAUUG